AUCUCCCCAAUGGCUAAAAGCCUAAAACCCAAACAAAAACUUGACUACAACUUAUAAAGUACUCCUACAAGUCUAUCUAUUUUCCUCUUUAAGGGUAGUAAACGAUAACAAUCCUUGAAUCCCUAACCUCUCAGUCCGCCAUAGCUGUGAAGGAAUAGAUAAAAUGCUCACCACUGCAAAUCACCAUCACAGAACCUUCUUUCUUCAUCGUUCUCCUUAUUUCAUUCUCUCUUCUAAACCCAUUCAUACUUUCACUCCCAAAUGUCUUUCUUCUCAAACUCUUUCGCAAUCUCAUCACAAUCAACAACAACCCAUCAAUCCAUCUUCCAAACCCACUUCUCAAAUCCUCUCAAUUCGCCAUUCGCUGUUGACCCGUCAACUCACUGCUGUCGAAAUCGCUGAGUCUUACUUGACUCGCCUCAAACUCGUUGAACCUAAACUCAGGAGCUUCUUACAUGUAGCUGAUGAAGAGAGUGUUUUGAGGAAUGCUAAGGAGAUUGAUGAAAAGAUUGAGAGAAAUGAGGAUGUGGGUUUGUUGGCUGGUGUUUUGGUUGGUGUUAAAGAUAAUAUUUGUACGGCUGAUAUGCCUUCUACUGCUGGUUCGAAGAUUCUAGAAGGGUAUAGACCGCCGUAUGAUGCAACUGCUGUAAAGAAAGUGAGAGAGUUGGGAGGUAUUGUUGUUGGGAAGACUAAUAUGGAUGAAUUUGGAAUGGGUAGUACUACUGAAGGCUCAGCUUUUCAGGUGACUGCAAAUCCUUGGGAUGAGUCAUGUGUUCCAGGUGGAUCAUCUGGCGGCUCAGCUGCGGCUGUUUCUGCAAGGCAGUGUGUGGUGUCUCUGGGAAGUGACACCGGUGGAAGUGUCAGACAGCCUGCAUCGUUUUGCGGAGUUGUAGGAUUGAAGCCAACGUAUGGUCGUGUUUCAAGAUAUGGGCUUGUGGCUUAUGCAUCAUCCUUGGAUGUUAUCGGAUGUUUUGGUACUUCCGUUGCUGAUGCUGGAAUUCUUCUUCACGCAAUUGCUGGACAUGAUAGAUAUGAUUCAACUAGCAGUAUGCGAGAAGUUCCAGAAUUCACAUCUCAGCUUACUUCAUUGGAUAUGCUGGAGUCUAGGCCUCUCCAAGGACUCAGAGUUGGUAUAAUCCGUGAGACUCUUGAGGGUGGUGUUGAUGAAAAUGUAGUAUCCUCAAUUCGUGCAGCUGCAUCGCAUCUAGAAUACCUCGGCUGCAGUGUGACCGAAGUUUCACUGCCUUCUUUCUCCACAGGGCUUCCAGCAUACUAUGUGCUUGCUUCUUCAGAGUCAUCAUCCAACUUAUCACGUUAUGAUGGCAUCAGGUAUGGCAAUCAGGUAACUGCAGAGGAGUUGACAUAUGUAUAUGGAGGUUCCCGAGCUAGCGGGUUGGGUGCUGAGGUGAAAAGAAGAAUAUUGAUGGGAACAUAUGCUCUUUCUGCUGGUUACUAUGAUGCAUACUACAAACGUGCGCAACAGGUAAGAACUGUGGUACAAAAAAGCUUCAAAGCUGCACUGGAUGAAAACGACAUUCUUAUUUCACCUGCUGCACCAUCUACUGCUUAUAAAAUUGGUGAAAAGAAGAAUGAUCCAUUGGCUAUGUAUGCUGGUGACAUUAUGACAGUCAAUGUGAACUUGGCCGGUUUACCAGCUUUGACCUUGCCUUGUGGUUUUGCCGAAGGUGGCCCUGGCAGUCUUCCUGUUGGUCUACAGAUGAUAGGUGCUGCAUUUGAUGAGGAGAAAUUGCUUAGGAUUGGACAUACUUUUGAGCACACACUCGAAGGUCACAGUUUUGUCCCCCCAAUCGUAACGAAUGGUUCUACAUCGUAAGUCGUAAACUUACUGUUUAAAUGAGGCCUGAUCAUGUGGAUCGUUGCCAGCAUUUCAAGAAGACAUUGCAGAGUUUGCUUUUGGGAACUUACAAGAGCAGACGACUGUUAUGUAGUAGGCAGAACCACCGAAAAAAUGAGGGUUUCUAAUGCCUUAACCAAGGAUAUAGAAGAUUGACCUGCGUUUUUGCGGGUUCCCUAGAUACCUGUUGUAGCAGCCAAUUGUUAAAUCAUCUUCCUUCUAUGAUUGUUUGUUACUUCUAAUUGGAUGAAAACAUUUCAGUCAAUAGGUUAGCAGUUUUGGUUGUUUAAUAUGAUCUUUGAAUUAGUAUAAAUAAAUUCAGUAAAAUUGAGUUUGGUGGUCA